AGAGAAAAAUUCCUGAGGUCGAGCGACAGAGUCAAGCGAGAGCUCAUGACAUUUCACUUUCCCCAUCUUCUCGAACGCACCUUAGCUAUUUAACCAAACUCAAAAGCCUGCCCCUAAGCCUCUGCUGAUUGUUCUUCUCGAACCUGGCGCCUCUAGAAAGUUGCGUUUUCAUUUUUCAAAUUUUAGUUCCAUGACGUUUUGACAAAGCGCAGUAGUGGUGAGCUACCCAGAAACAGAGGUAAGUUGAUUUCCAGAUUUAAUGGGAGGAUACAAUACUUCAGUUUAUCUCUCAUGAUUGCUUAAUCACUGAUUCUGCCCUUCGAAGCUUUGUGUUCUUUGUUUAAAAACAUAAAGGUACUCGAAGUUAUAGCGUUAUUUCCGCAUCUGCUUCUCCCUCACAGGACAGUUAUUUUCUGGAUUGUGAGAGUAAAAGCUGAGAAAUCGACGAUUUUGGCUCUGUCUAGUGUCAAAGCGUUAUUAUGAUUGUGUUCUAUGAUGAAUUGUUGAGAGCAUGUUUCACGGGUCUCCCUUUAUGAUCUGCGGGAUGUCAGAAAGCAUGUAUCAUAAGUGGUUUUUUAACCAUACCCACUUGAAGAUAUCUUGGAUUCAUCAUCAAAUCCAGCAAAAAGAUGUUUACUCGAGCUACCCACCUCCUGUUUUGCCUUCAUCUUCGCCUCCAUAUCCUGGUGCUUUCCACAGAGAAACAGGGUCUUCUUCCUCGUCUGGUACUAGAAUUAGUCCGGCUGUUCUUUUCAUUAUAGUGAUUCUAGCCGUGCUCUUUUUUAUUUCUGGUCUUCUACACCUGCUUGUUAGAUUUCUCAUAAAGCACCCAUCUUCCUCGGCAUCUGAGUCUAAUAGACACCAGGAAAUCUCAACCUCCGAUGCUCUUCAAAGACAACUCCAACAGCUCUUCAAUCUUCACGACUCUGGUCUGGAUCAAGCUUUCAUUGACGCACUUCCUGUUUUCCAGUAUAAAGAGAUAGUUGGUCUGAAAGAACCAUUUGACUGUGCUGUGUGCCUGUGUGAGUUUUCAGAGAAGGACAAGCUCAGAUUGCUUCCAAUGUGCAGUCACGCCUUUCACAUCAAUUGUAUAGACACAUGGCUUCUAUCCAAUUCCACAUGUCCACUUUGUAGAGGAACCCUUUUAAAUCCUGGGUUUUCAAUUGAAAACCCCAUGUACGAUUUUGACGAUCUAAGGGAAGAGGAUGGGUGUAACGCUGAAAACGGGUUCACAAGUUUUAGACAAAAAACUGUUGAAAUUGAAGAAACCGUAGAGAAAGGAGUGUUGCCUGUAAAACUUGGUAAGUUCAGAAGGCUGAAUGUGGAGGCGGGGGAGGGUGGAGGAGAGACGAGUAGCAGUAAUUUAGAUGCAAGAAGAUGCUACUCAAUGGGAUCUUACCAGUAUGUGUUAGGCAAUUCAGACCUCCGAAUUGCCUUGAACCAUGACCGUCCAGGCCGCGAGGUAAGGCUUAUAGAAGGACAAGAACAAUCUGAGAAGCUUUCCAUGGAGGAAGCAAAGAAGAUUAGAAGUGUGAGUAAAGGUGAGAGCUAUUCUGUUUCCAAGAUCUGGCAGUGGUCCAAGAAGAGCAAGUUUUCUACUUCGUCCGAAGAAGAUCAAAUGGGGAUGGGCAUGCCAUCUUCUCUUAAUACGGACCUGCCAUGGAUGAGAAAAACAGAAGGAACAUGACAGGUAUUCAUCCCCAUGAUUCUCUUACUCAUCACGUUUAACCAUCUUAAUCCGCUGAUCAAACAUUUUCCUUUUGGGAUUCCAGUUUUGAAUUUAUGAUGAUUGAUUGUGGUAUAUCUUGGAUGCAUUGUGAUUUUUGAGUUGAGAUAUUAUUACGACCACAGAUCUUCCGUGUGAAGAUACUAGAGUUUCUUCUUCUUGAUAUGUAAUAGCAAAUGUUAGUCUGAUCUUGUCGGUUGCCUUCGGUUCUUCAAACAACA